AUGGCUCCCGAUAUUGAUAGAGUCGCAGAAGUGCCAUCAGUGCAGCCUUCAAAGCUUGCUUCAUCCUCUACAGCCCAGUCAAGCUAUAAGGUAGAGCCAAUCUCCGAGUUAGAGAAGAAGCAAUUAUUCUCCCGUAUCGAGGGAAAGAAACUACUCGUCCCAGAUUUGAUAUCACUACUUCCAGGAUGGAGAUACGGCUUACAUCCAGAUGUUGAUCCGGUGAACGAAGAGAUCGAUGAAUGGCUGAAGACGGUCAAGGUUGAAGAAGUAAAGAAGAUCAAACACCGAGCUCGAGGCAACUACACCUGGCUUACUGCAACAUAUUACUCGGAUGCACCCAAGGAAAAAUUGCUCCUUUUGUCACAAUUUCUCUAUUGGAUCUUCUUCUGGGAUGACGAGAUUGACACCGGCGGUGAGCUCACCCAAGACCGCCAGGGGACAAUCAAAUGCUGCGAAGAGACGAAUCAAUGUGUCGAGGACUGCCUCGGCCCUAAUCCCAACUUCACCCCUCCCCCAGGGUCUCGUCCUACGGUAGAAAUGUUUUAUCCUAUUCUGGCAGAGUUCAGGCAGUCAAUGGGUGCUGUUUCCGUUGAACGGCUACGAAAGGAGCUUCACGACUAUAUCAAUGGCGUGUCGCGGGAGCAGUUUGUCCGACAAAGAGAGAUCCUACCAACACCAGCAGAGCUAUUCAAAAUGCGAUGUGAUGACGUGGGUGUCAUUCCCAGUAUAACUCAGAACGAAUAUGCAAUGGACUUUGAGCUUCCUCAAUGGAUACACGAACACGAGGCUAUGCAAGAAGUGAUUAAAGAAGUCACCCGUUUGACUAUUUUGAUUAACGAUAUUCUUUCCUUACAAAAGGAAUUCCGUGUCGGACAAGUUGAGAACAUGGUUAUUCUCUACAUGUACCACGAAGGCCUUACCCUUGAGGAAGCCCUCGAAGUAAUGCUGGAAUUGAUCCGCAAGCACUACGAUCUUUGUACGGCUGCAGAGCAACGUGUGCCCAAGACAGGAGACGCAAAGCUCGAUGCGGACGUGCAAACCUAUAUUGUCGGUUGCCGUGAUUUGGCGAUUGGCACAGCUUAUUGGAGAUACUUCAAAUUCCACCAGGUCAACGCGAACAGAGAAGUGUUGCUUGACAUGUCUUAUGUCUAA